ACUGAAGCAGAGGUCACUCUACUGGUCGUGUCCGUGGCCCCUCCCUCGAUGAGCCUGAUCAAAGAGCGCUCGGGGUCUCCCGUGCUGAGGUGUGAGUCCAGGGGCUGGUACCCGGAGCCGGAGCUGGAGUGGCUGGACUCAGAGGGGACGGUUCUGCUCAGGACUGAGGCUCAGAGAGGAGCGAGCGAGGAGCUGUUCAGUGUGAGCAGCAGACUGAGUGUGGAGCAGAGGCUCGGCAACACGUUCACCUGCAGAGUGAGACAACAGGAGAGCGGCCAGAGCAGAGAGGCCCAGCUCAGCAUCACAGAUGAAUUCCUGGAGGCCUGUCCCUCGUGCUCUGUGGCCUGGGUCCUCUUUAGUUUGCUGCUGUGUCUCGUUGCUGCUGCUGUUGCCUUUGCCGUGUGGAAGUUUCAAAUCAACAAAACCAAGACUAUGGAGAACAAACUUAAAGACUGUGAAGAAGGUGUGUCAUUCAUGAGGGAAAAAGAAGAUGAGAAAAUCCACAGACGAGACGACAAACAGGCUGAAAACAAGGAGCAAUUAGAGAAGAUUAAAGAAGAGCAGACGUCUGCUGCACAGUUGAGUGAGAAACUAACAGGAACAAAGAUGUUUCUAACAAAUCUAAAAGAAAAACUAAAUAAAUACAAGUAUCAACUCAGCACUGACAUGGAGAAGAAGAAGAAGAAGAAGAGGCCUGACCCUAGGAAAGAGGAGAAAAUUGAAAAAAUUAAGAAGCAAAUUAAAGAGUUUGAGGACAUUUUUAAAGACGUUGACACAGAAAUGUCUAAAAUUGAGGAGCUUCUUUCAAAAAACAGUGAGAAGAAAGGGAAGCUGGAGGGAGAAAUAAAGCAUUUCACAAAACUGGUGCAACAACAGAAGGAAAUACAAGAGGAGGAGGUGAAGGAGAAGGAGGUGAAGGAGAAGGAGGAGAAGAAACAGGAGGAGGAGAAGAAACAGGAGGAGGAGGAGAAACGGGAGGAAGAGAAGAAACAGGAGGAGGAGGAGAAACGGGAGGAAGAGAAGAAACAGGAGGAGGAGAAGAAACAGGAGGAGGAGAAACAGGAAACCAAGAAUGAGGCUCAUGAUGACACCAGUGGAGGAGAGAAUAUGAACCCCAGUCCUCAAAAACCAGUAAACCCUCAGGAGCAGACAGAGGAGCUGCAGGCACAGGGGACGGAACCGGAACAAACAACAGACACAAAUACAAGUGAACAGAGCACUUCUGCUAAAAUAAAUAAACUGUGGAACAUCAUGCUAAACAGAAAAAUAAAAAUCAAUAAUCCAUUUAAAUAACUAUGAUUUUUAUAUUAUUGAUAGAAGAAAUCUGUUUGUGCCAAAGUUCAGUCUACAAGUGAACAGUGACUUUAGCAAGAUUAAGUUAAAGUCCGAUCUUACACAAAUUUGACUCUUGUGACCUUUAAGUCAUGUUAUAAUGCUGUUCCAAACACUGGACCACUACUCUGUACUUUUACUUGAGUAAUAAUAUUUUGAAGUAAGCUCUUACUUAGUCAUUUUUGGCUACUCAUAGAGAUAGAUCAUAGAUAGACAAAUAUUUGGACUUUUUAGUGUAUCUGCUAUCAGUAUUACAUCUCCAGCAGAGACAUUUUGUUUUGGUUGAACUCCUACCUAAAAAUAUAUUAACACUUUAAUACAAAGAGAUAACUGCACAAAACGUGACUACCCAGCUCUCUUAUAGGUCUGUGGUAUAAACAAGGGGCUUUGGGGGGAGUUUGUAAUAAAUUUAAAUGACAUAAUUUGAGGAAAAUAAUCAAAAUCAACCCAACAUAUUGGCCCCAAAAGAUCGGCAGAGCUCAUCCGCCAUCGGUUUCUCUGGAUUCUAAACAAUCGACAUCAGCCAUGAAAAAAACAGUAUCGAUCGAUCUCUAGUUGAUAAUAUCCAGUACGACUCGUAAACAUAAAGGAUCUUUUCAAUUAAAUACACUGACCCCAUGAAUAUGUCAAUAUGGGCAAGUUCAAUGAAAAAUAAUCAGGGCGGUGGAUUCUUGGACAUAAAUCUUCAUUUAAAAGCUCCAUCAAGAGUAAAUACUGAAAACCACUGGUGCAGUUAAAGAUGGACGGCCUCUGUUCAGGUUUGAGCUUGAGUUUGAGAAGAAUAUGUUGUUUUGAACAGUUAAACGCUCUGGCAAAGGCCUAUGUUUUCUGUGAAACUCAUGGAUAAAUUGUUGGAUUGUCCAUGGAUUAACUAUUGCCAGAUUAAAAAA